GUCAGUUGGCGGCAAUCAAAAGUUCCGAUGAGACUGUUUAUUGUGCUAAGUAUUUGCGUUGCGUUGGCUUCCGCAGGAUAUGGAGGCGGUGAUGGUGGUGCCGCUUCCUCAGCGUCGGCAUCUGCGUCGGCGACUUCCAGCGCUGAUGGAGGCGGUAAAUUUGGAGGCGGCGGCGGCGGAGGCUUAGGCCUCGGUGGCGGACUUGGACUAGGUCUAGGCGGAGGCCUGGGUCUGGGCGGUGGAAAGCACGGUGGUGGCGGUGGAGGCCUUGGACUGGGAUUAGGAGGUGGACAUGGCGGCCUCUUUAGUGGCGGUAGUUCUGGUGGUGGAGCAUCGUCCUCAGCUGGUUCAAGUGCAGGCGGCGGCGGUAUCGGCGGCGGAGGUCCUGGAUAUGGCGGCGGAGGUGGAUUGGGAGGAGGUCAUGGUGGAGGCGGCUUCGGUGGCGGAUCCGCAGGUGGUGCUCAUGGUGGCGGCGGCUUCGGUGGAGGAUCAUCAGGCGGUGGUGGUUUCGCCGGUGGAUCUGCAGGAGGUGGUCAUGGCGGCGGCGGCUUCGGUGGAGGAUCAUCAGGCGGUGGUGGUUUCGCCGGUGGAUCCGCAGGUGGUGGCCAUGGAGGCGGCGGCUUUGGUGGAGGAUCUCUUGGCGGUGGUCAUGGAGGCGGCGGUCAAGGCGGUGGCGGCUUCGGUGGAGGAUCAGCAGGUGGUGGUGGCUUUGCCGGUGGAUCUGCAGGUGGUAGUCAUGGCGGCGGCGGCUUCGGUGGAGGAUCUCUUGGCGGUGGCCAUGGAGGCGGCGGUUUUGGUGGAGGAUCAGCAGGCGGUGGUCAUGGAGGCGGCGGCUUCGGUGGAGGAUCACUAGGCGGUGGUCAUGGAGGCGGCGGCUUCGGUGGAGGAUCAGCUGGCGGUGGCCAUGGCGGCGGUGGACCCGGAUUUGGUGGCGGGCCUGGCUUUGGUGGUAUCGGAGGUGGCAGUGCAGGCGCCUCAGCUGGUUCCAGUGCAGGUGCAGGCGCUGGUGGACCAUUCUUGGGCGGCGGCCUCGGUCUCGGUAUUGGAGGCGGCAAACACGGAGGAGGCGGCUACGGUGGUGGUGGCAAACAUGGCGGCGGCGGCGGCUUUGGAGGAGGUGGUCAUGGCGGUGGCGGCCAUGGUGGUGGUGGCUACGGUGGUGGCGGCUACGGUGGUGGCGGCAAAGGUGGCGCCAGUUCCUCAGCAUCAGCGUCAGCCUCAGCUUCAGCAGGCAGCUAUGGCCGUUAGUUUAAUAAUCUUAGCUUCUCACUUUGCCCCAACUACAAAACGAAAGAGUAUUUCAAAGUCAAUAAGACGCCUCAAAUAAAUUUU